GACGAAUACACCAAGCCAUGGUCACGUCGUUGAAUGAAGACAACGAGAGCGUCACCGUGGAGUGGAUAGAAAAUGGAGACACCAAAGGGAAAGAGGUAAACAAGCCUAGCUAGUAGCUUAGCGCGACAGCCGGUGUCCGCUCAGCUCUUAGGCAUUGAGCCCUAUGAAUAAUGCAUCUGAAGACAUUCUAGAGUUUUGGAGAUUACACAAUCCUUCUGCAUGUUCUACAGUUCCGCCAGACAUCACUUUCUGCCCUGAAUUUACAUGAGUUUAGAGAGCCUUACAGCAGUCAUAUUUCCUGAGCUUUGCUGUUGAAUACAUAUGUUGUCCUACUGCUCUCUCUGCUCCUCUGAGCUACACUGAUAUACCUCUCUGCUCUCCAUACACUAACAUAUAAGGCAUAUAUUAACUGAGUAUAUUUGCACCUCAUCUCUUCUGCAUAUUGAUGUGUAGAGUAUAUUGUGUUACAUCUCCUGUUGAAUAUUGACUUGAAAAGUAUGUCUCGAAGGACCAUUUAAAAAGGGCACCAAUUGGUUGUGGACUCCGCAAGCAGUGCUGGUUAAAAUAUAGAUACAAUGGCCCUGGCACCUCUGUUAGGUGUGGUAAUGAUGACCAGUAGGAGAUGGAUGUACAGUCAACACGUUUAUUGCCACACCACACACACACACACAAGAAGGGCAAAGAGAAGGGACUAGUGGAAGUGUUGAGGAGCAACUGUAUGGGUUAGCUACAAUUACAGUAACACACUCUUCUCUCUGUCCAGAUUGACUUGGAGAGUAUAUUUGCACUAAACCCAGACGUGGCCCCAGAAGAGGAGAUCGCCCACAGCCCAGAGACCCCGCCCCCACCAACACCCACCUCUGUGAAGGUCAACAAGAUCACCAAGGUGAGCGCUGGGGUGCAUUCAUUUGUCGGAUUCCGUUUCAAAACAUUUUGCAACCGAAACCCUUUACCGUUUACUCUAGGAACCAAAUGGAAGCUAACAGAACCAACGGAUCAAAAUGGGGAUGGACCAACCUGAAUUUGUCCAAUAGAAACUGUAUUUUCUGUUGCAAAACGUUUUCCGUUGCAAAACUUUUUGCAACAGACAACUUUUUUGGGCGGAAUCCGACUAAUGAAUACGCCCCUGUUAUUUUGUUUUAUGUUAUGGACUGCUAGUAUAACCACCGCAGGGUGAAGUCUGCUUGUGCAGUGCAUAGAUAUAGAACCUGAUAUAAUGCCUAUGGUGCAGUGUGUGGCCUCAGAGGCCCACUGCUGGAGUGGCAGAAAAAUCACUGAACAUAUGUGAACAAAGGAAGCUCCAGUAAUCUGAUUCUCAGUAUUUGUCAAUUAUUUUAAACCUUAUUUUGCAGUCAUUGGAGUGAGAAAUGUUGUACUCUUCAGGGUUGUGUUGUUGUAGUGAGUUGCUGGGUAAAAUCUCUUGUGAACCAUGAUUACUGUUUAAUCCUCAUGUACUUCAAUUAUUUUUGUCAAUGCAUUUAUCUUACCUCCAUCUUUUGUAGAACCGGCGAACAAUAGCGGCCACUAAGAAUGACACUCCGUCCAGGGAUAACAGAGGUGUGUGUGUGUAUACUCAUUUUUGAUCAUUGACAGUUCUUGGGUACCAUGUCGCUUAAUUCACUUGAAACAGGCCCUCUUGAUAACUCUCUGACCCCUCGUGUUGUGGGUUCCACAGUGGUGUCGACCCGGGCCAGACCAGCUCCACCCCAGCAGCCAGAGCCUUCUCCCCCUCCUCCCGUCCAGCAGCCAGCCCAGCCCACUCAGGCCCAGACAGCCCAGCAGUUAGCCAACGGUAGGAACAUCACAGCUAUAUCCAUCUAUGUAGGAGUUACAUUUUGACUUAUUUACUCAUUUGGAAAUCUGAAUGUUCUGUCAUUUUCACCCUUCUAAACAAGCCCCAGGAAUAUUAUUUGUUACUAUAAAAUUUGACCAAUAGACUUGAUGUUCCUGAUUUUCUAUGUUUUGUCGAUCACAUGUGUAUCACAGAAGCGUCAUUGCAUCAGCUAAGCAGAAAGGAGUUUGGACAGCUUUGUAUGUAUCAACUCUCCCAACCACCCGAAUGCUUAAUGUUAUCUUAGAGCCCUGAGGCUUUCCUCUGGAGAACCUCUAGUUUGGGAUUAUUACUCGCCUAAAAGGCUUCCGCUAUAUUCAAAGCAGUGAUGGGAAAGUACAAACGCAAUCCAGCCAGAAGACAGGCUUUCUGGAUUUACAGAAGGAAAAAACUGAUCAUAGCACUGCUGUGCUGUCAGCCUGCGUGUAUUCCACCAAUGGAAUCAGACAGAGAGACAUCCUCGUAGCGCUCUCUCUAUUUCUCUCUUCCUUCCUGCCGGCUGGCUCUGGUUCUGACCUGGCCCUGCUCCCCCAGAUUGCUGCAGAUUAUUAAUCCCUGCUCUCUGCUUUGAAUGACGAGCCUGCAGGCCUUCAGAUGGGGCUGUAUGCUGGAGGAAGGGUUACUAUGGUGCUCAGCUGGAUAUCUUGGGGUCUGGUGGAAUCAGAAAUGGGCUACUGACACUCACUUUAUACUCUCCUCUCUUUUAUAAUAGGAUAUGGGUUUUCAAAUUAUGAAUUGGGUUUCUAAAUGGUACUAAUCGGCUUCUAUUGCGGUAUUGGUUAUUUCUGUGAGUUAACUGUAAUGUGAUGCGGGAUUUAUGUAACUUUUGAGGAACCUAGACUGAGAAGUCCCCUAUGUACUCAUAUCUCUGCUUUCCCAGUCAUCAUUUGACUGUUGUUGGAUCAGUGGUUGAUCAGUCAAGAAUAGCCCUGUAGUAGUGUAUUGUAAUAGUAGUGUAUUGUAAUAGUAGGGUAAUAGUCGCAUUAGUAUUGUAAUAGUAGUGUAAUAGGAAUAGAAGGGUUAGCAGGGUCAGACAUAGCCCUUUUGAGAUGCAGAGUGGAUGUAGCUGGAGGCAAUGUGUGCCAGCUGCUGUAGCCUGCCCUCUGUGCUGCUGUAGCCUGCCCUCGGCCUGUAUAAAGUUGCUGUCCCCCUGGAUGCAACUAGGCCCAGUCCCCAGCCAGCCACCACUCUGUCUGAACGACCCUAUAGUAGAGGAGAAAACACACCAGCAGAAAGGUUGAGUGGGUAUGUUCUGUGAAAGGCAGCGUUUGUGUCUUUUCCUGUUCCUUUGCCGGGGUUUCUUGUUACUCUGGCAGCGAGGAGGAAGUCCAACUGUGUGAAGGAAGUGGAGAAACUGCAGGAGAAGAGAGAGAGACGACGGAUACAGCAACAGGAGCUGAGGGAGAAGAAGGCACAGGUACAUUGGCUCCUCUUCCUUCCAUCCUCUGCCCCCCCCCCCUUCUCUAAUAUCUGGGUUUUUUAAAUGAGGAUAAAAUAAGAUAAUUGACUCACAUAUUUAACCUCACUAUAGCCAUGUUAGUCAUUGAACACAUUUUCUUUAGUGAUAAGAACUUGCUAAAGGAAUUCAAGUAUAAAUUGAACAGUGACCUAACAUAACCGUUCUCAGGAGGUGGACACCACCGUCCCUAACUAUGAGAUCCUGUAUAUGAUCAGAGACUUCCGUGCCAGUCUAGACUACCGGCCGCUGUCCACCACAGAUCUGGUGAGUACAGACAACACCCUGCUCUCUCUCCCUCUGUCCCAAUACAGGAUAACCCACAACGGCCUGAUCAAUAUGUGUGUUUUUAUUUUGUCAGAUUGAAGAGCACAGAAUAUGUGUUUGUGUGAGGAAACGUCCACUCAACAAGAAAGGUAAGGAGGGCAUCCAACAGAGCCUUAAAUCAUAAUGAGGUUUACCUACUAUGAGCUUUUGGACGGUCAUAAUCAGUCAUGUUCAGGUAUUUUCUUAUGGCCUGCGAUCAGGGAAACUACACUAAAAAGUAAGACCAAAAGUAUGUGGACACCUGCUUGUCUGAACACCUGAACAUCUCAUUCCAAAAUCAUGGGCACUCAUAUGGAGUUGGUCCCACCUUUGUUGCUAUAACAGCCUCCACUCUUCUGGGAAGGCUUUCCACUAGAUGUUGGAACAUUGCUGCGGGGACUUGCUUUCCAUUCAGCUACAAUAGCAUCGGGCACUGAUGUUGGGCGAUUAGGCCUGGCUCGCAGUCAGCGUUCCAAAUCAUCCCAUAGGUGUUCGAUGGGGUUGAGGUCAGGGCUCUGUGCAGGCCAGUCAAGUUCUUCCACACCAAUCUCGACAAACCAUUUCUGUAUGGACCUCGCCUUUGUGCACGGGGGCCUCACCCAAACUGUUGCCACAAAGUUGGAAGCGCAGAGUCAUCUAGAAUGUAAUUGUAUGGUGUAGCGUUAAGAAAAAUUUAUAGGGCAUGGAAUUAAAAAGGUAUUGUCGGACAUUAUUCAUUCUAAUCAGACAGGUUUUUUACAUGGAUGAUACGUUGGCGAUAAUAUAAGGCAAGUACUGGAAACAAUAGAACACUAUGAAAAAUCUGGGAAACCAGGCCUGCUAUUCAUAGCUGACUUUGAAAAGGCUUUUGAUAAAGUAUGACUGGAGUUUAUAUAUAAAUGCCUGGAGCAUUUCAAUUUAGGAGAAUCUCUUAUAAAAUGGGUUAAAAUCAUGUAUAGUAACCCUAGGUGUAAAAAAUGGCUAUUUAUCAGAAUGUUUUAAACUGUCAAGAGGAGUAAAACAAGGUUGUCCACUAUCGGCAUAUCUAUUUAUUAUGGCCAUCAAAAUGUUAGCUAUUAAAAUCAGAUCCAACAAUAAUAUCAAGGGAUUAGAAAUCCAGGGCUUAAAAACAAAGGUGUCAUUGUACACUGAUGAUUCAUGUUUUCUUUUAAAUCCACAACUUGAAUCCCUCCACAGCCUCAUAGAGGAUCUAGAUACAUUUUCUAACCUCUCUAGAUUACAACCAAAUUAUGAUAAAUGUACUACAUUACGUAUUUGAUCACUAAAAAAUAAUAUUUUUACAUUACCGUGUAGUUUACCAAUAAAAUGGUCUGAUGGUGAUGUGGAUAUACUCGGAAUACAUAUCCCAAAAUAAAUAAAUGAUCUCACUCCAAUACAUUUUUAUAGAAAGUUAGCAAAAAUAGAUAAGAUCUUGCUACCAUAGAAAGGUAAAUACCUGUCUAUUUGUGGAAAAAUCACCCUGAUUAACUCUUUAGUAUUAUCCCAGUUUACCUAUUUGCUUAUGGUCUUGCCUACGCCUAGCGAACAGUUUUUGAAAUUAUAUGAGAAAAAAAUAUUCAAUUUUAUUUGGAACGGCAAGCCAGACAAAAUUAAACGGGCCUAUUUAUAUAAUGAAUAUGAAUUCGGAGGACAGAAAUUAUUAAAUAUUAAAGCAUUAGACCUAUCAUUAAAAGCUUCAGUUAUACAAAAGUUAUAAUUCAAUCCGAACUGGUUCUCUAGCAAAUUAGUAAGAUUGUCUCACCCCAUGUUCAAGAAUGGCCUUUAUUCAGAUUCCAACCUCUCACUUUCAGUUAUUUGAAAAGGAAAUCAUCUCCCAAAUAUCACUAUUUCUAAAACAAGCCAUAGAAAGUUGGUUGCAAUUUCAAUUUAAUCCUCCAGAAACGACAGAACAAAUAAUGCAACAAAUAUUGUGGUUAAACUCAAAUAAUACUAAUUGAUAAAAAAAAAGUUUUUAAAAGGUAUAAUCUUCGUAAAUGAUAUCAUAGGUAGAACUGGUGGAGUUAUGUCGCACAUGCAGCUAACAAAAACAUAUGGAAAUGUCUGCUCUAUUGUAAAUUACAACCAAAUAAUUGUAGCGUUACCGCAAAAAUGGAAGAGGAAAGUGGAAGGGGGAAAAAGUAAGGGACUUGUCUGUUGGCCCUGCAUUAAAGACCAUAAUUGGUUAAAGAAAAUUGUGAUAAAUAAAAAAGUAUACCAGUUUCAUUUAAGGACCAAAGGAUUGACAGCCGUCCCAUAUAGAUUGCAAAAUAGUUGGGAAGAGAUUUUUGACAUACCGAUUCCAUGGAAAAUGGUUUAUGAACUGAUACACAAAACGACGCCGGAUUCAAAACUUAGAAUUUUUCAAUUUAAAUUAUUAGACAAAAUUCUUGCAACCAAUGUUAUUUAUGUGGGGGAUACAAUCUUCCCAGCUCUGCGAAGAGACAAUCAUUAGAUAAUUUGUUUUGGUACUGUCCAUUUGUAGCUUGUUUUUGGUCACAGGUCCAGGAAUGGCUGAAGGAUUGCAAUAUUUACCUGGAGCUAACCCUGCAGAUAGCACUACUGGGAGAUCUGAAAAGUCAGUCAAUCGAUCAAUAAUAUAAUAAUAAUACUUUUAGCAAAAAUGUUUAUUUUCAAUUUACAAUCUGUAGAAACAAUCAGAAUAGAAGGGUUCAGAACUUUUGUGAAACAGUACAGUUGAGAAAUAUAUGGCAAGUAUAAAUCCAAUAUGGAUGGUGUUAAGAGAUAGAUGGGAGGGGUUGAAUGGAGCUGAAGGUUGGGACUAAUAACAACUAAUAACAACAAUAUAAUGAAUGUAAAACAUACUGUGUCCAUAAUAAGUAUAUAGGUUGAGAACUUUUGUGAAAGAGCACAGUUUUGGGGAUAUGGCAUGUAGAGGGAAACCGGACGGACAUCAUGAAAAUGAUCAGAGAGGUUGAGGGUAGAGGAAGUUCAGGAGUAAAAACAAACAAAAUAUAAUUAUUGUAAAAUUGACUGUGUCCAUAAAAUGUACAGUGGGGAGAACAAGUAUUUGAUACACUGCCGAUUUUGCAGGUUUUCCUACUUACGAAGCAUGUAGAGGUCUGUAAUUUUUAUCAUAGGUACACUUCAACUGUGAGAGACGGAAUCUAAAACAAAAAUCCAGAAAAUCACAUUGUAUGGUUUUUAAGUAAUUAAUUUGCAUUUUAUUGCAUGACAUAAGUAUUUGAUACAUCAGAAAAGCAGAACUUAAUAUUUGGUACAGAAACCUUUGUUUGCAAUUACAGAGAUCAUACGUUUCCUGUAGGUCUUGACCAGGUUUGCACACACUGCAGCAGGGAUUUUGGCCCACUCCUCCAUACAGACCUUCUCCAGAUCCUUCAGGUUUCGGGGCUGUCGCUGGGCAAUACGGACUUUAAGCUCCCUCCAAAGAUUUUCUAUUGGGUUCAGGUCUGGAGACUGGCUAGGCCACUCCAGGACCUUGAGAUGCUUCUUACGGAGCCACUCCUUAGUUGCCCUGGCUGUGUGUUUCGGGUCGUUGUCAUGCUGGAAGACCCAGCCACGACCCAUCUUCAAUGCUCUUACUGAGGGAAGGAGGUUGUUGGCCAAGAUCUUGCGAUACAUGGCCCCAUCCAUCCUCCCCUCAAUACGGUGCAGUCGUCCUGUCCCCUUUGCAGAAAAGCAUCCCCAAAGAAUGUUUCCACCUCCAUGCUUCACGGUUGGGAUGGUUUUCUUGGGGUUGUACUCAUCCUUCUUCUUCCUCCAAACACGGCGAGUGGAGUUUAGACCAAAAAGCUCUAUUUUUGUCUCAUCAGACCACAUGACCUUCUCCCAUUCCUCCUCUGGAUCAUCCAGAUGGUCAUUGGCAAACUUCAGACGGGCCUGGACGUGCGCUGGCUUGAGCAGGGGGACCUUGCGUGCGCUGCAGGAUUUUAAUCCAUGACGGCGUAGUGUGUUACUAAUGGUUUUCUUUGAGACUGUGGUCCCAGCUCUCUUCAGGUCAUUGACCAGGUCCUGCCGUGUAGUUCUGGGCUGAUCCCUCACCUUCCUCAUGAUCAUUGAUGCCCCACGAGGUUAGAUUUUGCAUGGAGUCCCAAACCAAGGGUGAUUGACCGUCAUCUUGAACUUCUUCCAUUUUCUAAUAAUUGCGGCAACAGUUGUUGCCUUCUCACCAAGCUGCUUGCCUAUUGUCCUGUAGCCCAUCCCAGCCUUGUGCAGGUCUACAAUUUUAUCCCUGAUGUCCUUACACAGCUCUCUUGUCUUGGCCAUUGUGGAGAGGUGGGAGUCUGUUUGAGUGUGUGGACAGGUGUCUUUUAUACAGGUAACGAGUUCAAACAGGUGCAGUUAAUAUAGGUAAUGAGUGGAGAACAGGAGGGCUUCUUAAAGAAAAACUAACAGGUCUGUGAGAGCCGGAAUUGUUACUGGUUGAUAGGUGAUCAAAUACUUAUGUCAUGCAAUAAAAUGCAAAUGAAUUACUUUAAAAUCAUACAAUGUGAUUUUCUGGAUUUUUGUUUUAGAUUCCGUCUCUCACAGUUGAAGUGUACCUAUGAUAAAAAUUACAGACCUCUACAUGCUUUGUAAGUAGGAAAACCUGCAAAAUCGGCAGUGUAUCAAAUACUUGUUCUUCCCACUGUAUAUAGUAUGUAUAAGCUGAAAGUAGAGGCCUAAGCGUUGUUGUUCACUAGUUUACUCCAAUUAGGGGAGGGGUGGUGGGGUUGGAAAGUAAUAAAGGAAAAUAAUUUUUUUUAAAGGAUAUGUAUGUAUGUGUAUGUGUAUAUACAGCUGUGGAAAAAAUUAAGAGACCACUGCACAUUUUUCUUAAAUCAGCAUCUCUACAUGUAUGACAGCCAUUCCAUUCCAGUGUCUGUUGAAUUCCAACACAGGCACACCUCAUUCUACUGAAUUAGGUAAUCACCUGAACCAAAUCUUAUUUAACAAGGAAAAGUAUAAAUACCACUGCUGUGGUCAUCACUAUCCUCUUGCAAUAGGACCAGCUGGAUGGCAAAAAUAGUGCUAAUAGUACCUCAAAAGUAAUAUUAAUCAAAAAAUAACUAUUGACCAUGCCAAAAGAGUUGAAAAGGAAAGUUUUGAGUGAGGAAAAGAAGGGUUCAAUUCUGGCUUUACUGGCAGAGGGAUACAGUGAGCGUCAGGUUGCUUCCAUCCUUAAAAUUUCAAAGAUGGCGGUUCAUAAGAACAAGGUCAAGCAGCAAACAUUGGGGACAACAAAGCUACAGACCGGCAGAGGGCGAAAACGACUCUCUACUGACCGGGAUGACCGCUAACUCAUUCGAAUGUCACUCAACAACCGUAGGAUGACAUCAAGUGACCUACAAAAAGAAUGGCAAACGGCAGCUGGGGUGAAGUGCACGGCGAGGACGGUUCGAAACAGGCUCCUAGGGGCAGGGCUGAAGUCAUGCAAAGCUAGAAAAAAGCCCUUAAUCAAUGAGAAGCAAAGAAGAGCCAGGCUGAGGUUUGCAAAAGACCAUAAGGAUUGGACCGUAGAGGACUGGAGUAAGGUCAUCUUCUCUGAUGAGUCCAAUUUUCAGCUUUGCCCAACACCUGGUCGUCUAAUGGUUAGACGGAGACCUGGAGAGGCCUACAAGCCACAGUGUCUCACACCCACUGUGAAAUUUGGUGGAGGAUCGGUGAUGAUCUGGGGAUGCUUCAGCAAGGCUGGAAUCGGGUCAUUGUGAAGGACGCAUGAAUCAAGCCACGUACAAGGUUGUCCUGGAAGAAAAUGUGCUUCCUUUUGCUCUGACAUUGUUCCCCAACUCUGAGGAUUGGUUUUUCCAGCAGGACAAUGCGCCAUGCCACACAGCCAGGUCAAUCAAGGUGUGGAUGGAGGACCACCAGAUCAAGACCCUGUCAUGGCCAGCCCAAUCUCCAGACCUGAACCCCAUUGAAAACUUCUGGAAUGUGAUCAAGAGGAAGAUGGAUAGUCACAAGCCAUCAAACAAAGCUGAGCUGCUUGAAUUUUUGGCAUAAAGUCACCCAACAUCAAUGUGAAAUACUGGUGGAGAGCAUGCCAAGACGCAUGUAAGCUGUGAUUGAAAAUCAGGGCUAUUCCACCAAAUAUUGAUUUCUGAACUCUUCCUAAGUUAAAACAUUAGUAUUGUGUUGUUAAAAAAAUGAACAUGAACGUAUUUUCUUUGCAUUAUUCGAGGUCUGACAACACUGCAUCUUUUUUGUCAUUUUCUGCAAAUAAAUGCUCUAAAUGACCAUAUUUUUAUUUGGAAUUUGGGAGAAAUGUUGUCAGUAGUUUAUAGAAUAAAACAAAAAUGUAAUUUUUACCCAAACACAUACCUAUAAAUAGUAAAACCAGAGAAACUGAUAAUUUUGCAGUGGUCUCUUAAUUUUUUCCACAGCUGUAUAUAUAUUGGCAAAAAAAACAUAUGGGGGAUUGGAAGUGAUGCAGACAAUUACAUUGAUGGAAGUUUCAAUCUAUCUGCAAUAAUAAAGCUGAUCUACCCCUAAAAAACAAAACUAAAAAACAGCACUUACAGUUGACCGGGGCAGCUCUAGCAGGGCAGAAAUUUGACGAACUGACUUGUUGGAAAGUUGGCAUCCUAUGACGGUGCCACGUUGAAAGUCACUGAGCCCUUCAGUAAGACCAAUGUUUGUCUAUGGAGAUUGCAUGGCUGUGUGCUCAAUUUUAUACACCUGUCAGCAACGGGUGUGGCUGAAAUAGCUGAAUCCACUAAUUUGAAGGGGUGUCCACAUACCUUUGUGUGUGUGUGUAUAUAUAGUGUAUCUUCUCUGUAUUCUUUCAUUAACAUGGCUGUGUGUGUGUGUACCAGAGUUGACUAUAAGGGACCUGGAUGUGAUCACAAUCCCCAGUAAGGAUGUGGUGAUGGUCCAUGAGCCCAAGCAGAAGGUGGACCUGACACGCUACCUGGAGAACCAGACCUUCCGCUUCGACUACGCCUUCGAUGACAGCACCACUAACGAAAUGGUUUACAGGUCAGACAGAGAGCAGGCGGUUGUUGCAGUAAAACAACUGUUUUGUUUGACAUGUCAGAUGUAUGUUUUUACUGGAAUUCAGUCCAGGAGGAACGCUUUCAUUGGAUUAGUGUGUGUGGAAUGCAUUUCGAUGGCGUGUGUUUGUUAGGGUGUUGUGAUGGAAUGUGUGCGCAAGUAUGUGUUUUGCUAGUGUGUGUGUACGCACACGCUGAUGAGUGGAUAUGUGUUUCCCCUACAGGUUUACUGCCAGGCCCCUGGUGGAGACCAUCUUUGAGAGGGGCAUGGCCACGUGCUUCGCCUAUGGACAGACUGGUAGUGGCAAAACACAUGUAAGUCACACACACAGCAGCCUCCUCAUCCUCUUCUGCUGAUGCAUGUCAGUUAUUUCAAUACUAACUUAACAAUAACAUUACAUCAGCGACAUCGAAGUUCAAUGUGUACAAGCAUUGUUGCAUUUCCAUUUCUAUGUAUGUUUCACCCACAAGCAGAACUGGGAAUAUUGCUGUCUUUGGUUUCAGACUAUGGGUGGAGAUUUUUCUGGAAAGAACCAGGAUUGUUCUAAAGGAAUUUAUGCGUUAGCUGGUAAGUGAUUCUAAAUGGAUUCUUAGUAUUGUUGUUGGUGCUGGAAUGCUCAGAUCCUAUUACAAUUGUAAAACUCUUGCUCUUUGUCUCUUUCCCCUUUGUCCUCAUGCAGCUCGGGAUGUGUUUGUCAUGUUGAAGAAACCCUGCUACAAGAAGUUAGAGCUUCAGGUGUACGCAACCUUCUUUGAAAUCUACAGUGGAAAGGCAAGUGAUUAAUGACUUGUUUAUACAGCAUCAACUUGUGGUUUUGGUUCGUCCGCAGCCACGCACCUCCUCCAGGACUGCCUCGUAGAAGAGACGCAAGAGAUUGAACUUCACUGAGUUAGCCCCGUCAGUUUGCACUAUAUAGAUCGUUUUUCUCUAAUGUGAUAAAAUCAACAUUAUCAGCCACUUUUCAAUGCAACAAACCAAAUCAAAUCUAACUUUGCAAGAUUGAGUCUGUGAUUUUGUUUUUGCCAGAGGGCAUCGGAGUAGAAUUCUAUUGACGGGUAGCCCACUAGCGGUCUUUCAAUCACCCGCCAUUGGAUGCGCUUUUCAGAUCAGUGCGCAUUUGUUGAUAUUCUUUGCUAGUUAGCGAGUUAUUAUCCCAGUUACAGGUAAGAAUUGGCCAGCAAUGGGGAGUUACUGCUUCCUACAAGAGCACAAACCGUGUAGGCUUCUUUUCAAGCCGUCUUUGAAAAGCGAGUCAGGUAAAAAGCUUAUGUCUUUAAUUAAAGGGGCCGUGUUGUAUUUUGAGACAGGCUUGAAUAUGCAAAUAACCCAAAUGGGCAGAGUGUAGCCUACAUUGUAUUAUUCUCUGUAUAGUAAUAAUAAUUUAUUUUAUUUUGUAAUGUGGUUUAUUGCAUCAUACAAUACAUUACAAUUCCAUUUACAAUUACUGUACUUAGUUGGUCCAAGAUUUUACAAAGUAAAAAAUCAUUAAUUAAUGACAAGCCUUUCAUAAUGUAAAAACAUUUUUAAAAGUCUCAUGGAAUGUAGACCUGUCAUAGAAAUAAAAAGCUAUUUCCAUGUGAAAAUGUUAAAGUAUUUAGUCCAUUGGUUUCAUUGGUAGGCCACUCUGAUAGGCUUACAUUAUGCUCAAAUAGCCACAAUAGCCUAUUGGCUACUGUCUAAAAGGGUACAGCCUCAGUGUUCACUGUAAAUGCGUGCCGGAAGUUGCACAGAAUUCUCACAACGUUCAAGUUUCUGCUCACAAGAUCUGAAUUUUGGUCAGUGCCCCCAAAACAGUGGAGGGAACAUUGGUUGUAGGUUUUAACCCGGACUAUAAGGGGAAGCUGUGUAUAUUGCUCCAGUGGGUGAUUAUGUUGACAGACUGUGGUUUUAAGUUGACCGUGUGCGGUUGUGUUGCGGUCCUAUAUGUGUUGGACCUGACUGUGUUUGACCUGACUGCGUGUGUGGUUGUAUAGGUAUUUGACCUGAUGGUUGUGUUAAGUGUGUGGUUGUGUUAUGCAUGUCUUAUAGGUGUUUGACCUGCUGAAUGGUAAGGCUAAGCUCCGGGUGCUGGAAGAUGGGAAGCAGCAGGUGCAGGUGGUGGGGCUGCAUGAGAGAGAUGUCAAAUGCACAGAGAAUGUCCUCAAACUCAUAGAAGUGGGCAACAGCUGCAGGUAAGGAAACAGAGUGGAAGGUAUUUGUAGCCACAUCCCACAGUUGCCUUAAGUAAUGACAUAAACAUUGAUCUUUAAAACGUUAUCGUGCAUUACAUUUAAAUGUUCUCCUUCCUGCUUUCUUUCUUUCUCCCUCUCUGUCCCUCUGUCCCUCCCUCUCUCAGAACGUCAGGUCAGACCUCGGCCAACGCCCACUCGUCCCGUAGCCACGCCGUGUUCCAGAUCAUUCUGAGGAGGAAGGGGAAGAUGCAUGGCAAGUUCUCCCUGAUCGACCUGGCGGGGAACGAAAGGGGGGCCGACACGUCCAGCGCUGACCGCCAGACACGCCUGGAGGGAGCUGAGAUCAACAAGAGCCUUCUGGCACUAAAGGUCAGCGGGGAGGCAGAGGGCAGCUGCAGAGCAUUCUGACAGGGACACUCGGUAGAAAGUCAGCAGAUGUUUAGUCAGAUAGUUCAAGUAAAAGUUAAUUAAUCUUAGAGGCAUUUACAGGAUUGGACAUGAAUACAGCUCUGAUAUUGUGCUGCCUGAGAUGCAUUUUCCUUCAGUUGAACAGAACUAGCAGUCCUAGUUGGACAUAACUUAAUCAUAUAGAAAUGGUCAACUGUAUUUUUCUUGUCCCCUCUCUCUCAGAAUGUAUAUCAGUCAGCCAGUUAGGCUUUGCAGCAGGCAGAGAAACUGUAGCUCAUCAUAUCUCUCUUUAACUCUACCAGGAGUGCAUCAGGGCGCUGGGGCGGAACAAACCUCACACUCCGUUCAGGGCCAGCAAGCUCACACAGGUCCUUCGAGACUCCUUCAUAGGGGAGAACUCCCGCACAUGCAUGGUGAGUUCAUCAUUAGUCACUGCUAGUGAGAUUGAUGAGUUCACUCUCCUCACUGGCAUUGGGUUCAGUCAUCUCUGAUUUGAUUAAACAUGACUAUUUUUAAGACACCUAGCUCAUGGUCUAGGCUAGUGGUCAACAACCGGUCGAUCUCUAAGGCAUUCCUAGUUGAUCGCCAAACAUUUCUCUAAAAAAAACAACGAUAAAGCCUUGCGUUUCUAUUUUUAUUGAUUGGUCUCUCGUAUGUGCACCUGAUUCAGCUGCCCUGCACGCCGGGUAGGCGAAGUGUUCCCAUUUUGAACCAUUUCAUGUGUCUGAAGGUACAAACUCUGCCUUCCCGGCGGGCCCAGAGAGCAAAUCAAGCGCACUAUAGGCCUACCGCUGGCCAAUCGGAUGGCUCAGAUUACCAUGUCUGCAGUAACGUAGCAGGCGUAAAAGAAAGCUAAAGCAAAGUUGAGACUGAGAAAGCAAAAUUGAGACUGAGAUUAAAAACGUUUAAAACCAUGAAUAGUGAGAGACUGUCAACGAAUACAGCAAUGAGCUGCUGUUUUUAUGAGUGAGUUCAUGUUUAAGUUCUUACUCAGCACUGUCAACACUUUUUAUUCAACACUUUCAUAAGCCAUAAAAUGCGUGUUUUUCCUACUUCCACUUGUGCUACAACUAGCACUGCAGCUGUAAUGAAUGAGUAGGAAAGUGUAUCGAUAGGCUUGAAUUUGUGCAUGAGGCAGAAAUAAUUCAGUGCGACUCGAGUUUCGCUAUCAGCUGGAAGACUGUGUCCCUUUUUGGUCAGUGUCAGCGGGGGAGAGCGGAGGGAUUUUGAGAGGCGGACCAUCAGUCUGCUGCUCUCUCCCUCCGCUGAGACUGACCAUCAGAUGCAGGCACCAUCAGCCCAGUAAAAUACAAAUAAAAAGCAAAUGAUUUAAAUGUAUGCUCACUCAGCUGCGCCUCACAAGUAAUACAACAACUGAUCUAUUACCGGUGUGAUCAUGAAGCCUACCUCAAAUGUUUUUAUAUAAUUUUUAUAGUAUGAUCCGAACAGCAAUGCAUUGGCAGGGCAAUUCAAGCAAAGCCAAUAUGCAGUGAUAAUGUAUUGGGCCUAUAGCCUACUACACAAACCUGAUUGCUACAGAACUGUUUUUAAUAGGUUAAUGUUGCAUAGGCUUACGUUUUUUAAAGUGAUCUUGACUCAGAAAGGUUGAUGACCACAGGUCUAAGCCUAUACUGACCCUGUAGGGGACCCUGUAGCUUCUCUUCACUUUAAAAGUAAACACACGUUCUGCAAAGGACAGGCCACCUUACUUGGUCUUUGUACUGGCCUUACCUUAGCUCCACUGAGUUUCUCCUCACCUCUGUCCCAUCCAGAUAGCAACCAUCUCUCCUGGCAUGACAUCCUGUGAGAACACCCUCAACACGCUACGCUACGCUAACAGGUGGGCGCACAUGUUACAGCUGGCCAUGGGACAUUUUGUCUCCUACAGCUGUGCUUUCCAUCUGUGAUCAGCAGAGAAGCGUCUGAAAAAAGGAAUAUAGGAACCUCUUCUUUGACCGUGCUCCCUUUAGGUUUCUAUGGUAACUGAUCACACAAGGUGUGGUAAUGACCUUUGUGCUUAGAAAUGGGUAGAUGAUGCUUCUGAGCCUCAAUAGGCAGAUAUAAUAAUGUAAAGAAAGGGCUCUCCAUGAUCAUACAAGUAUUUGAAUUGGGUAUAUCUGUCUGCAGCAGUUUGAUCAGAUGUAGGCUACAUGUGAAAGACUGAAUGAGUGCCACUGUGGCAGGCAGGUCAUGGUGAAAGGAAAAUGUCUCUCUCUCUCUCUCUGUAGUUUUGUGUGUCCUGACCCUCUCUUCUCUUGUCUUUCCUGCUCCCCUGCUCUGGGCCUGGCGCUGUGCUCUGCUGUGCAGAGUAAAGGAGUUUGGGAUCAGUCCCUCAGACAUCCCCUUCUCCCAGGGCGGUGGAAGUUGCUCGGAGCUCUCGCCCACCUAUGAGUACGAUGACUUUGCUACUUUUCCCUGCAGGUCAAGCACCUUCCCAUUGCGUGUACACACACACACACACACACACACACACAAAUACCUUUUCGGUUGUCAACGCAUACACUUACCUGCAUGCAUUUCCUGUAUGCAUACAUUAGUUGUCAAAUACACACAAAACACACUUUCUUCUUUUGGUCUUUGUUCCAUGGUUCUCUCCCUCAUUUCCUUCCCCCUUUAUUCCAUCUGCAUCAAACGUUCUUUCAUCCUUUUCUCCAGCCUUGGCAUGUGCUCUGCCAUCAUCUUUUGCUGUGCUGAGGUUCUGUUAACUUGUGAAUGCUGUUGUUCUCCUCAUAUCCUCUCAUGGACAAUAACGUGUGUGUGUGUGCGUUUUAUCAAAUAAUUUCCUUGUGAUGUGGCAUUUGGUUCCAUAUCUUUGGUUAUGCUACAUGACACCAUAAACAGUCAGUCAGGCCUAUUAGUUAACACCUAAUAUUUGACUAGUCAGUUUAUACUGUGCUAGUUAGAGGAUAAUUCCUUGGCUAAGUACAUACAAUUAUUAACAAAGGUGCAGUGAGACCAGCCUGUGUUUGUUCCAUCUCCCACUGCUACGGUCAGUGGGUCAGACACAAGUCAAUAAGGUUAGGUUAACUGUACUGGACCAUAUCAGCUCAGUCACACCUCAUUAAACACAGUCCUGGCCGUAUGGGCUGUCCACACUGUCCACAGCACUUAUUGUACUCUACAUGCAAGUUACCAGUAUCUUUGUGCUAUCAUGCCAACAGCUUGUCACUCAUUGUCAUGCCAAACACGGCUAACAUGCAAGGGCCCCGUUGAAACACACAGCUUCUACAGUUCUAUAGCAUCAUCAGUUAGAGCUACUGAAGUGGGGAUCUACUAAACUAGCACUCUGAAUUUGAUUCAAUUAUUGUUAUAUUGCUUAAUUCGGUUUCAUUGAGAGAGAAAAUAAAACAUUUAUUUUAAAGGGACCAUAUCACUGUAACCUAAAAUGGAUUGUCUUUCAAUAAGUUAGCUGCUGGCUAGCGCAAUAAAGCAAUUUGCAACCAAUAAGACCACAGAUGAUGGACCCAUUGGCUGCACUGGUGUUGAUGAUGUCUGGGUAUCUAUUCAAUGGGCCAAAACAUUCAGUCAAAUGUAUUGCAUAGUACUGACAAGACUUAAUAUACUGAGUCACAGUCAUAUCCAAGUAAUGCAUUUCUAUCUGCAAUAUCCUGAAUGUUUGGCCAAUCAUGUGGAGUGUACUUAACUGGGCUGAGCAGCAGUGUACUGUGAGCUGAUCGGAGGAUGGUGUUGAUUGACACACAGAGCGAAGGAGCUGACGGUGGACCCUAACCAGCUGAUCGAGGGGGUCCGGCCCAACAUCCAUGUGGUGGACCAGCUGGACGAUGACUGGGACCACCUGGGCAGCUCCCCCCAGAGAGAUGACCUCAAACUGCUCUGUGAGCAGAACGUAAGCAACACUCUUAUAAUACAAUCUUUAAUGCACUUUUAUGCUUACUCACAGCUUUUAUCCUAGAUGGUUUUCUCACUCUGUGUGUGCACACAUGUUUGUGUGCAUGAGUUUGUGCGUGAGCCCCAGCUCUUCUUUCCUUGAGGCCAUUUCUUCAAUAGAGGUGUUGGGUCUGGUGAUGCUGGUUGGUGUGUUUAUGUGUGUGUGUGGGUGUUAGUCUGACCGUUGUCUGUCUUCCCAGGAGGAGGAGGUGUCCCCUCAGCUCUUUAACUUCCAUGAGGCUGUGUCUCAGAUGGUGGAGAUGGAGGAACAGGUGUUGGAGGACCACAGAGCUGUCUUCCAGGUCAGACCACAUUAACAGAUGGCUCCUCUUAGAUCCUUUCACAUAUGGUUAGGAGGUUCCAACUCUGUUGUGUUGAAUGAAUCUGCAAGCUUGAUGUCCUAUGUAAUGUGGAGCCACUAUCCAUGAAAUUCUCUAAAUCAUCCAGUUCUUCAAGCUAAUGUGAUGCUGACUCGAUGGUAGCAAAGUAAUUAAUUGAAAAAUGUGUUUGUCAGAGGGAAGAUGAGAUGACCGUUAUUGGUGAGAUGUUAAUGCGUGUGUGUGUGUGUGUGUGUCUGUUGUGAGCAGGAGUCUAUCCGGUGGCUGGAGGAUGAGAAGGUUCUGCUGGAGAUGACUGAGGAGGUGGACUAUGACGUGGACUCCUACGCCACUCAGCUAGAGCAGAUACUGGAUCAGAAGAUUGAUAUCCUCACUGAGCUCAGAGGUAAGCAGUAUAGACAUUUAUUAUUACAGUGACAUGGUACCGUUUCAGUCAGAUACAGUGACAUGGUACCGUUUCAGUCAGAUACAGUGACAUGGUACCAUUUCAGUCAGAUACAGUGACAUGGUACCGUUUCAGUCAGAUACAGUGACAUGGUACCGUUUCAGUCAGAUACAGUGACAUGGUACCGUUUCAGUCAGAUGAAGAACAUCUCUAAAGAAUGAGGUUUGGUCUAUUUACACUACGUGCCAAAAGUAUGUGGACGCUCAUGCAAAAUCUCGUUCCAAAAUCAUGGGCAUUAACAUGGAGUUGGUCCCCCCUUUGCUGCUAUAACAGCCUCCACUCUUCUGGGAAGGCUUUCCACUAGAUGUUGGAACAUUGCUACGGGGACUUGCUUCCAUUCGGCCACAAGCAUUAGUGAGGUCGGGCACUGAUGUUGGGGGAUUAGGCCUGGCUCACAGUUUGCGUUCCAAUUCAUCCCAAAAGUGUUCGAUGGGGUUGAAGUCAGGGCUCUGUGCAGGCCAGUCAAGUUCUUCCACACCGAUCUCGACAAACCAUUUCUGUAUGGACCUCGCUUUGUGCACGGGGGCAUUGUCAUGCUGAAACAGGAAAGGGCCUUCCCCCAACUGUUGCCACAAAGUUGGAAGCACAGAAUCAUCUAGAAUGUCAUUGUAUGCUGUAGCGUUAAGAUCUCCCCUAACUGGAACUAAGGGGCCUAGCCCGAACCAUGAAAAACAGCCCCAGACCAUUAUUCCUCCUCCACCAAACUUUACAGUUGGCACUAUGCAUUGGGGCAGGUAGCGUUCUCCUGGCAUCCGCCAAACCCAGAUUUGUCCGUCGGACUGCCAGAUGGUGAAGUGUGAUUCAUCACUCCAGAGAAUGCGUUUCCACUGCUCCAGAGUCCAAUGGCGGUGAGCUUUACACCACUCCAGCCAACGCUUGGCAUGGCGCAUGGUGAUCUUAGGCUUGUGGCUUGUGUGCGGCUGCUCAGGCAUGGAAACCCAUUUCAUGAAGCUCCCGACAAACAGUUCUUGUGCUGCCGUUGCUUCCAGAGGCAGUUUGGAACUCGGUAGUGAGUGUUGCAACCGAGGACAGACUAUUUUUACGCGCUACGCGCAUCAGCUCUCACCGGUCCCGUUCUGUGAGCUUGUGUGGCCUACCACUUCGCGGCUGAGCCAUUGUUGCUCCUAGACAUUUCCACUUCACAAUAAUAGCACUUACAGUUGACCAGAAAUUUGACGAACUGACUUGUUGGAAAGGUGGCAUCCUAUGACGGUGCCACGUUGAAAGUCAAUUAGCUCUUCAGUAAGCCAAUUAUUCUACCAAUGUUUGUCUAUGGAGAUUACAUGGCUGUGUGCUCGAUUUUAUACACCUGUCAGCAACGGGUGUGGCUGAAAUAGCCGAAUGCACUCAUUUGAAGUGGUGUCCAUAUACUUUUGGCCAUGUAAUGUAUGUGCUCGAAAUUAGCGAUAAUUUUUUACUCCUGGCGUAUGCAUGCCAGCAUAUUUGUAUUAUUCACCUCAUUUUUCAUUAUUUUUUUGAUUUUGGUCUCUAUGCAUAUAUCACCGUUGACAUUCAGUAGUAGGUUUCACUUUUAUUAACAUGAACCAUGGUAUUUUUUAAUAAGCAGUAAUAUCUCAUCCACUCUGUUUGUGCUCCUUUCUUUUUAGAUAAAGUCAAGUCGUUCCGUUCGUCGCUCCAGGAAGAGGAACAAGCCAGUAAGCAGAUCAAUCCUAAGAGGCCGCGCGCCCUGCUGUAGACCAGACCUGACCAGGGAGGGGGGUGUGGUCUGUGUGUGUGUGGAGGGG